GAGAAUCAGAAGGGCGUGUGAAUAACAGGAAAGCAAGCAGGGAGAAAAUAUUCCCCCGCCGAAGGAGGAAGGAAGGACUGUUACCAGCCAGCCAGAUCGCGCGUUUUGCUGGAAGCUUUAGGUUCCCCAGGAGGGACUGGACAAAGAAAGGAUCUGUAAGUUAUGUCUGUAACUUUUAUAUCUGUAAGUUUUGAUUGUCCUGUUCGUUUGUUUUUAAAAGAGUUUUGUGUUCCUAUCUCCUCACUUUGUCCUCCUUUAAAAGUUCCAGGUUAUGGAGGGGAUCUGUGAUGUUCCUGGGGACCUCUUCUCUGGUUUCUCAAUCUCUCCUUACGCAGGCACUCCAGAGGCCAUCGGUAACCAUGGGUGUAGCCGGGGGGGGGGCACUUAACUGCGCCCCCCUCACAUAAAGCCUGCCCCCCAUCCAGGCUAUGCCUUGCAUUUAGGUGGGGGUCAAGUCACUCCGGCUUGCAUCCUGAGUUGCCCUCUGUGAAUACGGAAUUGUGAUAUGAGAAGGAGCCUGGAAACUCAUCCAGCCCUCUGUUGAGGCUGGGGUCCCACCAGGACAUCAUUGCUGAUAGGUGGUCAUCCAGCCUCUGCUUCCAACCUCUAAUGCAGGAAGGUGUCUCUUUGAAGGGACAGGAAUAAAUCAAAUCCCUUUCACUGGACAGAGUCUGAUCCAAAGGAGGCUGCCACUCUUCGGAGCAUGGAGAAGUUUUUUUAGUACUGUUCUCAAUAUUUUUCAUGGCCAGGUCAAGAUAUUUCUCUCCCCCACACUCACUCCUUUUCAUUUUUUAAAGUAGUAUUCAAAACUGUAAAAGUUUUUAGUGGUUUCUAGCUAACCACAAUGAGGCUCCAAGAUUUGUUAAAUGACUGAGUGUGAUGUAAAAGCAGUUCCUCUCCCACCACUUCCUCUGUGGGCUGAUUCAGCUUCUGCUUCCAUUCAUUCUCGUCAUUCUUCUGCCUUAACCUCCCAGCCCCCAUAUUUUAGUAAUGUAAGUGUUGCUCUUAAGUAUCAGUCGCCGAAUGCAUAAUAACAGUAGAAUUAAUAACAGUAAUCUUUAAAACAAUUUUAUGGAAGGUUUAUAACAUUUUGAGCAUUAAAACCCAAAUGCAUUUAAAAAGGAGUGUAUAAAAAAAGAACAACAACAACAACAAAAAUACCCAUGAUCCUUACAAAACACAAUUAAAUAAAAAAAAGGAAGAGAAAGAACAAAUUAAAAAUAACUAAAAGAAUAGAAAAGACUAGGAAAAAAUGAUUAAAAAGAAGAACUCCUGCCUCCCUAUCUGACAAUUAUCUGUUACAACAGUUAUUCAAAGUAUUUAACAUAUGUACUCCAUAAUAGUUUUGUCCCCUCUGUAGGCUGUAACUUUGCCCAAAUUUCCCUCUAGAGUCCAGCCUUUAAUGUUUAGUUACUCAGACAGCACAAAACGACUCUUCUAACAUCCUUCUAGUAAUCCAAAUUGAUAUUUCUCCUGUUUCUAUAUAAAAUCUCUUAUAAAGUCCUUUUAACCAGUUACAAUAAUAGUAAUGGUAAUGCUGGAAUUCAGCUGGAAAAUGUACUAUUUUGGAUGAUUGUUUGUUUACUCUGUGUUUGGGCACCUACUGAGAUAUUGCAUUCUUAUUUUGCAUGAUGGCUCCUGAGCUCAAGGUACAGGGUUUAUCUAUGUUUUAAUACAGCUGGAUGUCAUUAUGAAUCAAGAUGGCAGACUGAAACUUUCAAAACUUCACUGAUUUUAACCACUGAUUUCAAAACUUUGCUGAUUUUAAUCACUGAUUUCAAAACUUUGCUGAUUGUUUAGGGUUUUUUUGGAAUUCUCAUGCAAAGCCAUAUCUGGAGCUUCUAAUGUCACCCGUUCAUGCUAGCUUUCGGUUGCCUCGCCUUAUAAAAUAGCAAAAGUGUCAAUAUGAAAUGUUCAAAUACUUCUGUAGUUCAGCUCAACCAGAGUGACUAAUUCCCCUCUGUUUCCACUCUCCAACAGAACAGAAAACGGUGUGGAGUAUUAUGAGCAGCAGUGAGUGGGGCAGCAACAUUUUCACCAUGGACACUGAAAACACAUAUGAAAUGUACGGAGAGCAACUUCGUGCAAAAUGUUUCGAAGAAGAAAUCUACAGAUAUGCAUUUUCUGAAUUGGGUUAUUAUACUAAACCCAUUGCCAUCCUUAUCUGCAUAUUUGGGUUGCUGGGGAAUGGAUAUGUUUUGUGGCUCCUUGAUUCCCAUAUUAAGAGAAAUCCUUUCACCACCUACAUCCUGAAUUUGACUGCAGCCGACUUUGGCCUGCUCAUGUUUUUGUCUCUGUCCCUUAUCUUUUUGUUCGCUGAUGACCUCUGUGGAUUACCACUCCCUGUUCGCAUUUCUGCAAUACCCCUGUUGCACUUAUGCCAAUUUUGCUAUACUGCCAGUCUCUGUUUCCAUACAAUCAUCAGUAUAGAAAGAUGCCUCUCUGUCUCUUUUCUGAGCUGCUACCAACAUCGGCGACCACAAUCCCUUUCGUCUGGGCUAUCCGUGCUAGUCUGGAUCCUGUGUGUCAUGUUCUGCGGAAUGGAAAUUUCAUUUUACCUGGUCUAUAAUAUGGUAUUAUACCCAGUUGUCAAGAACAUGUUCAUUGUGGUCAUAUGGGUUUUGCCUCCAAUUUUAGCUGUCUUCACUUUGCUCCUGCUGGCCAAAAUGUGUUGCAACUCUCAGCACCGACUACCAGGAAGCCUGACUACCGCCAUUCUUCUCUCCCUCCUGUUUUUCCUUCUCUGCCAUGGCCCAUGGAGCAUCGCAUUUCUGCUAUCCUCCCCUAAGCAUUCACAAACUCUUAUUGCACUUUCACAGCUCCUCUACUCUGUCAAUGGCAGCAUUAAACCAGUGCUUUAUUACUUGGUGGGGAAACGGGGCAAAUGUUCCUCUACAGAACCCCUGAAGGUCAUUUUCAGGAGGGUCUUCCAGGAUGAAUACUAUCCUCUGCAAGAGAACGUGUUGACUGAUGCAGAGAAACUUAGUGCAGUAACUUGUUCAACGCAAGCCAUCAACUGACGAAGCCAGCAUUGUUCUUGAAUGGAAAUGCUUUGAUCCUGGACUAUGUAAGAAUAAUUGCUCAUAGUGGACUAUACCAUAAAGCUCAAUCUCCUUACCCAGGAAUGAAGAUGCAAGAUGCAAUCAAUAGGCACAACAAAAAGCCACAGCUUCAUUAACUCAAAGGAAUGCUUUUCUCUUGCCAUACUGAUUUAACUGCUACUUCUCUCUAGCUUAGUAUUGAUAAAGUUGCUGCAGCAUAGUCCAUUGCCAUCAGGAACCUCAGGGUACCUCCCUGUGUGGAGUAAAGUCAGCCAUGUUGAUGACUAUCACUGCCUCUUGUGGGAGCAUAGUCCCAUAAUAAACUGCUCAGGACUGCAAUGACUCAGGGAUGACCUCUCUCCAUGUGAACCUACCUGGAACCUGAGAUCCUCAUCUGAGGCCCUCCUUCAUGUGCCUCCUCCACAAAGAGGUCUCAAGGGUGGCAACACGAGAACGGACCUUUUCUGCAGUGGUCCCCCAUUUGUGGAAUGCUCUUUCUAGGGAGGUUUGCUUGGCCCCAUCCUUAUACACAUUUAGGCACCAGGCAAAUACUUUCCUGUUUAACCAGGCCUUUGGCUGAUUCACAUACAAUACCCUCUUAAAACGUAUUGGAUGGGAUGUCUGUUAUUGGGUUCCUUUUGUUUAUAUAAUAUAUUUUGUGUUUUUUUAUUGUGAUUGUAUCUUGUGAACCGCCCUGAGACCUGCGGGUAUAGGGAAGUGUACAAAUUUAAUAUAUAAUAAUAAUAGUUUAACUAUGCACUGUGUGAAUUGAUUUGUCUGUGUGAAGAAAUACUUUCUUUUGCCCCAGAUGCUGUAACCUUUCCUCAAAGGGAAGUUUGCUGUGAGGUUGCUGGGUUUUUACUGCCUAUGUGUUUGUCAGGAGACAGGGAAUUUGAUCCCUCCCAGGGUGACAGCCAAUAAGCAGAUAAAAAAGAAGAGUUCUUACCAAGUCUUUUAUUCAAGAUUCACAGUAGAAGACAUAGCAAUGUCACCUCUCUUAGAUAAUGGCGUUGCUCCAUGUAAAGUCCCACCACCUCCAUCUCUCCUAUCAUAUGUCAUCCCUGCCCCGGCUGAUCUGUGCUUUCUGGCUUUAAUCUUCUCUUCUACUACUCUCAAUGCUCUCAAUGCUUGCCAGGACCUGGGAUAAGGGGAGGGGUCUGACAUGCUUUCCAAAGACACUGAGUCAGUUGUUUCUACCCUAGUGCUUCUUCUUCCUCCUGCUCCUCUCUCAAUAUUUCCCAGCUUCUGCCCUCUGCAGCCUCUGAACUGUGACCUUCUGCAAACCACUGUUCUAAAUCUAUACUGUCUCCCUCUUCUCUGGGAAGUGCAGUGGGGGGGGGGGUUCUCCACCAUUCCUCCUCAGACCAGUCCCUGACAGCGUUUCAUACGUAGUCCUUUUAGGCACUGCCAUGGGUUCUUUGAAACGUUUGAUUAGGAGGAAUUCAGUGAUGUACUAAGGCAGGGGUCAGCAACCUAAGGCCUAUGGGCUGGAAGCGGCCCACGGAGGCCACUUAGCUAGCCCCUGAGCUGCCCCCGAACUGAGCCGCCCGCUCAGCAAGUGCUGCACUAAACCAGCGCAGUGCAGCAUGGGGACUCUUUCCCGCAGCUCCGAAAUCACUUCUUUGCAUGCCCAGACACCAGAAAUCGUGUCUGCGCAUGUCCACGGCGCCGGAAAUCGCUUCUUCAUAGGCACGAUUUCCGGCAUUUGGGCAUGCGCAGAAGCAACUUCCGGCACCGCGGACAUGAGCAGACGCGAUUUUUGGCAUUGUGCUGCUCCGGCCCGGCCCACGGAGGAUCUCCAUGGGAGUGAUCCGGCCCAUGCCCAGUAAGCCUUGCUGACCCCUGUACUAAGGCAUCCAUUCUGUCUAGUUAAGCAUUUUUGCUUGUUAGAAUGAUCACCCUCUUCUGCCACACUUCAUAUUGCAAGGUUUAUCCCAGCCCCUGCAGGCCAAUUUUGGUGAGCACAUAGGGGUGGUGGUGGAAUAUUUGCUCAGGGCUUCUGAUGGUGGGGUUUGCUAGCUGAAUCCCUCCCGCUUUAUUUGCAAUUCUCCAAAGUCACCUUGGGGCCUUCAAUAAGACAAUGAAUGAAUAAGGUUAUUCAGAAGAAUAACAAUAGCAUAUGCAGCUGCUGUCCCUUGCUAUGAACUUGCAUGUUGCCUUCUAAAGUGGGAAGCAGGUGGCCAAGGAGGUUGGAGGAGGUGGAUUUAGAGCAGUGUGGCCUUGGUUCAGUAUACCUGAAGGAGCAUAUCCACCUCCAUCGUUCUGCCCGGACACUGAGGUCCAGCUCCGAGGGCCUUCUGGCAGUUCCCUCGCUGCGAGAAGCCAAGUUACAGGGAACCAGAUAGAGGGCCUUCUCAGUAGUGGCACCCGCCCUGUGGAAUGCCCUCCCACCAGAUGUCAAAGAGAAAAACAACUACCAGACUUUUAGAAGACACCUGAAGGCAGCCCUUUUUAGGGAAUCUUGUAAUGCUUAAUAGAUUAUUGUAUUUUAAUAUUCUGUUGGAAGCCACCCAGAGUGGCUGCGGAAACCCAGCCAGAUGGGCGAGGUAUAAAUUCUUCUUCUUCUUCUUCUUCUUCUUCUUCUUCUUCUUCUUCUUCUUCUUCCACUGCACUGGGGUCAAUGGAAGGCAUCACCACUCUGACAUAGUGCAUGUACUGAAUGGAAGGCAAGAGUUGCAGGGCGCCAAUUUUUUGCCUUGCAGAGGGUGCCAGUGAAAUUUGAAAGUCCAAAGACUUUGAGGAGGACUGACCUGAUGAUGUACCACAGCCAGAUCCACAGUUUCUUCUGCUCCUGUCCAGGCGAGCCAACAACCAUGACCCCCCUUGCCACUCAUUUGCCUGUCAUAGCAUCAGCUUAUUAUUAGAUGUAAAAGGUUUGCCUUUUGUAUUCUUUGGUGUACUACUGAAUAUCAUGUUGCUUUUUAUGAUCCCAGAGCUGCCCCAUCCCAUUCAUGGUUAGCAGCUUUUAAGCCUUUUGACAAUGUCAAUAAAUAGGUAAUGAAAUGAAAGACU